AUCGCCCCAGCCCUAUGGUUCCUGAGCAAGCAUCGUGCCCCACAAUCGUGAACCUAGUUGUGUUGUUGUUAUCCAACUACCCCUCCAACCCCUCAAUUCACUAGUGGAACACGUCUAACAUACGAGUAUCCCCCACGCUCACUAACCAAUACAUUGAACACCCACCGCUAGAUCAGAAGGAGCCCAGGAGAACCGGGAUUGAAAAUAAUCCAUACAUGAACCUAGAACGGGAAUUUCAUCGAAUAGUAUCGAGCCCUUGCGUUCCGUUACAGUAGAAGGCAGGCAUCUUCAAAAUACCCGAUAGCAUAAUCCUUGACCUCUGGGAAGAGCAUCACCCUUGAAACGGCACUGUGCAGACAUACUGCCAAACUUUAUUUCUCACAUUACCCAUCGGGGUAUAAAUGAGUUCUGGGGAAAUAUCAACAUCUCUUUUCCAGACCACCAUUUGCAACAUUCAUCAAGAUGACAAAGCAUCUCAUCAUUCCCGUCAACACGGGCUGGACUUUCAAACAGGCAGACAAAAAGGACGACAAAUUUCUGCCCGUUGCUCAAUUCCCGACCAAUGUCCAUCUCGACCUCAUUGCCAACGACCUCAUUCCUGACCCAUUCAUGGGAAAGAAUGAGAAUGACGUUCAAUGGAUCGGAGAGGUUCCUUGGAUCUACAAGACCAGCUUCCCAUCACCAGUUCUAUCCACAGAGGAGCGAAGAACCGUGACAGUUACAUUGGCCUUUGACGGCUUGGAUACAUUCGCCACGGUGGUUCUAAACGGCAAUGAAAUCUUGAAAACAGAAAACAUGUUCUUGCCCGAACGAGUGGACGUUACAACAUAUCUGAAAAAAGAGGGAGACAACGAGCUAGAGAUUACCUUUGAGAGCGCUUACCUCAAAGGAUGUACUCUGGUUGAGAAAUAUCCUGAUCAUCACUGGGGAUGUUGGAAUGGUGACAGCUCAAGACUUGCUGUUCGAAAGGCGCAGUACCACUGGGUAUUUACCUUACCCUUUGGGUACUGGCAAGAAGCUAAUCUGAAAAUAGGGAUGGGAUUGGGGACCAAUGCUUAUGACUUGCGGACCUUGGAGACCGAUCAAUCUCGAAAUAUCUUCCUCCAGAAUCGCAGAUCUUUACUUUACCUCAGGUGUUGAUAAAUCUCUCAAAUCAGCCAAUAUUGUUGCUAAGGCUGAUGUUGAGGGAGAUGCAUCUGAGGUCAAGUUCAGCAUAUUGUUUGACGGCAAAGAGAUUGCUUCAGAGACGGUGGAGUCAACUAAAAACGUCGCUUCUCAUACCUUUACCAUCGAAGAUCCAAAACUUUGGUAUCCAAUUCGCUACGGAGAUCAACCCUUGUACUCUCUUACUGCAACUCUCAUUCAGGACAAAACCGAAAUCAGUACAGUGCUCAAGAAAUUCGGCUUGAGAAGGGCUGAACUCAUCCAACGCCCAAUGAACGAGCAACCAGGCACUACCUUUUUCUUCCAAGUGAACAACAUUCCACUAUUCUGCGGCGGCAGUGAUUGGAUCCCUGCGGACAAUUUCAUCCCUAGGAUUACCAAGGAGAAAUAUCGUGACUGGGUCAAGCUGGUUGCUGAAGGUAAUCAAUUCAUGAUUCGAGUCUGGGGUGGUGGUAUAUAUGAAGAGCAAGCAUUUUACGAUGCGUGUGAUGAAUUUGGAAUUCUCGUCUGGCAGGACUUCAUGUUUGGUUGCGGGAAUUAUCCAGCAUUUCCCGAGAUCCUAGAGUCGAUAAAGAAAGAAGCAGUUGAAAAUGUGAAACUUCUUCGACAUCAUCCUUCCAUUGUCAUCUGGGCUGGGAACAACGAGGACUAUCAGUACCAGGAAUCUGAGGGUCUCACCUAUGAUUUCGAAAAUAAAGACCCCGAAAGCUGGCUCAAAACGAGUUUCCCUGCCAGAUAUAUCUAUGAAAAGAUCCUGGCAGACGCCUGCGAAAAGUUGAUACCGGAUACAUACUACCAUUUCGGCAGUCCAUGGGGUGGCAAAGAUACGCGAGAUCCAACGAUUGGAGAUAUCCAUCAAUGGAACGUCUGGCAUGGCACACAGGAAAAAUACCAGAACUUUGACAAGCUUAUCGGUCGCUUCGUAUCGGAAUUUGGCAUGGAAGCAUUUCCAAAUAUCAAGACAAUUGAAGCGUUUCUUCCCCUCGGCAAAGACGACCCCGAUCGAUUCGCUCAAUCGUCCACGGUCGAUUUCCACAACAAAGCUGACGGACACGAACGUCGUAUUGCCCUUUAUCUUGUUGAAAAUUUCCGCUAUGCACCCGAUCCUUUGGAGCAAUUCAUUUAUUGCACUCAGCUCAUGCAAGCAGAAUGUCUAGCCAGCGCAUAUCGGCUGUGGAAACGACAGUGGAAAGGUCCGGGAAGAGAAUAUUGCGGCGGUGCUCUCGUGUGGCAAAUCAAUGACUGCUGGCCAGUCACUUCUUGGGCCAUUGUUGACUUUUAUCUUCGUCCCAAACAUGCUUAUUAUACUGUCAAGCGUGAGAUGGCACCCAUGUCUCUUGGGGUUACCAGAACGGAGCAUGUUGUACCCAAGAACAAACACACCAGUGCCUUCGUAAAGAAAAUCACGAAGAUCGAAAUCUGGGGCUCGAAUCUGACUCUCCAAGAUCUUGUAGCCGAUGUCGUCGUAAAAGCUUUCGACGUCGUCACGGGAGAAGAAACCUAUUCCAAGACCUUGAAAACAGCUUUUCUUCUCCCAGAGAAUCAGAGCACUGAAAUAAUUGAUUUCCUCGUUCCAGUCCGAGAGAAGGACGUCGACGAGGAGAAGAGAACAAUAGUGGCGGCUUUUCUCUUUCAAGAUGGACAGCAGAUUGCGAGGUACAUCAACUGGCCAGAGCCUUUGAAAUAUUUGCAUCUGCAAAAGCCUAAGCGACUUCAAGCAGAAUUAAGCAGUGACGGAAAGUCGAUUGAGAUUAGCGCUGAUGUGGUGAUCAAAGGUGUUGCAUUGGAGUGUGAGGAUGAUGGGGUGGUUUUUGAUGAUAAUUUAGUUGAUGUUGUGCCUGGAGAGGUGGUUUAUAUUGGUGUUAAGGGUGCGAAGAAGUCGUCUAAGAUUGAGACGAGGUAUCUUGGGAUGGUUUGAGCUUGUCGACGGCGGGAUAAGUUGACUCAGUUUUUCAUCUCUUCGAAUCUUUCCUGGAGGAUUUUCUUGUUAGCGAGAUGAUGGGAUAUUCAUGCCGAGCAGUACGUGAUGAUGUACCGAGUUAAUACAAGUAAUUCUUCCAAGAACAAGAAA